AUGCAUUGCACCGACCACAACCAACAAUCAAUAUCGACCAAUAUGCCACCAUCACCCCUAACAACAAUCUACAAGGAGAUCAACUGGUCAAAGAUCUCCGUGGACAUCUACCUUCCCCCGCCUCCACAAAAUGCCUCCCACGACCACAAAUAUCCCGUCUUAAUAAACAUCCACGGCGGCGCCUUCAUGCUCGGCCACAGCCGGAUGGUCUCGAUGCCGCAAGUUGACGACUGUCUUGAGCGAGGCUGGAUCGUCGCUGUCCCUAAUCACCGGCUUUGUCCCGGGGUCGAUGUGCUAAACGGGCCGGUGCAGGACAUGCGAGACUUCCUGGCAUGGAUUUAUGCUGGUGACCUUGAGCGGUUCUUGGGAGAGCAGAGCCCAACCCAGGAUGAGCGGAACUAUAGUGUCGAUCUAGAUAGGGUUAUGGCGUUUGGGACGUCGAGUGGCGGCUAUUUGGCGCUGGCCUUGGGCUACGACACGCCCCGCCCACCGCGCGCAAUCCUCAACUUCUACGGCGCCGUCCACUUCACCCACCCCUCCUGGCGCAAACCCCUCCCACACGUCAAAGCCAACCUCCCACCAAACGGCUUUCCCCAAGACUUUCUCCAACAAGUUUACGACGAGUACCCCAUCCCUACAACAUCCGGCAUCUCCCUCGAGGGCCAACAAUCCAACAGGCCGGACUUCAGCCGGCCCCGCGACGCAUUCGCGCUAACCCAGAUCGCCAAUGGGACUGUUCUCGAUGCGAUCUUUCCCGCAAGUGCUGGGAGGCUGGAGGAUAUUGAUCCCGUCACUAGAGUCGAGGCGGGGUUUCCUCCUACGUUUAUUGUGCAUGGGGAUUGUGAUCGGAUGGUUCCCGUUGAUGUGAGUCGGAGGCUUUUGGAGGUUCUAAGGGAGAAGGGAGUGGAGUGUGGGAUUGUGGAGGUUGAGGGGGAGGAUCAUACGUUUGCAUUGGGGAUGGAGGUUGGAGGGACGACCUGGCGGAGAUCUAGGGAGGGGUUUGAGUGGUUGGAGAGUGUUAUUCGAUAG